AUGGGGAAUAUUGGAUUUGAGAAGUGCAUUUCUGAACAUGGAGUGUAUGUCCAGUGUUAUGAGGAGAAUGGGAGAGAAGACAGGGUGAUUGUGUGCCUGUAUGUUGAUGAUAUGCUGGUUACAGGGAAUUGUAGCAAGAGGAUUGUUCAGUUCAAAGCUAAGAUGCUACAUGAGUUUGAGAUGAGUGAUCUUGGUCAGUUGAGUUAUUUUUUGGGAAUUGAAUUCACUAAGACUGAUGUGGGAAUGUUGAUGCAUCAGUCCAGAUAUGUUCUGGACAUGUUAAACAGGUUUAAUAUGUCUGAUUGCAACUCUGCCAUUACCCCAGCAGAGGUUGGUAUAAGGUUGGAAAAAGAUCCUGAGGAGGACGUUGUAGAUCCUACUGAGUAUAGGAGAAUGGUUGGAAGCUUAAGGUACUUGUGCAAUACAAGACCUGAUAUCAGUUUCAGUGUGGGUUUGGUCAGUAGGUAUAUGCAGAAUCCUAGGCUGUCUCAUCUGAAUGCUAUUAAAAGGAUUCUAAGGUAUCUAAAAGGUACAUCUUGUUAUGGAAUACUGUUGCCUAGGUGUGGAUCAGGUGAGGAGGUGAGAGUCACUGCUUACACUGACACUGAUUGGUGUGGAGACAAGAGUGAUAGGAGGAGUACAGUAGGGUACGUUUUUUUUCUAAAUGGGGCACCAAUUUCUUGGAAUUCUAUGAAGGAACCGGUGGUAGCUCUGUCAUCAUGUGAGGCAGAGUAUAUUGCUGUGUGUGAGGCCACUUGUCAGGCAGCCUGGAUUAGCUCACUGAUGAAGGAAUUGAAGAUUGAAGGAGGAGAAAAGAUCAGACUGCUUGUUGAUAACAAGUCAGCCAUCGAUCUGACCAAGCAUCCUACCUCACAUGGUAGGAGCAAACACAUUGAAACCUGGUUUCAUUUCAUCAGAGAGCAAGUUGGAAAAGGAGUGAUUGAAGUUGAACACUGCAAGUCUGAAGAUCAAAUUGCAGACAUAUUGACCAAAGUUGUGAAAGGAGUGCGUUUUCUAACUCUAAGAAAGCAGAUCAGAGUAGAGAAGGUUGAGAUCAGAAGUUGA